AUGGCGAUUCUCGAUAGCAUCCCAGGCCUCGAGGUCUUUGUCUGCGUUGACGACAAGCCGCUUGCAGAAUAUGAUGAUGAUGACGAUGGCGAAGGCGAGGUUGAACAUACACAAGUCGCUGAAUACCAAGCAGCGAGAACUGUCAGUAAAUUCGUGGAGUCUGUCUCGGACAAGGAAUUCUCUAUUCGCCUCAACUUAGAAACCUCGUUUGUGAUGGACUGCGCCUCUCUUAUAUUCCCGAUCAACAUUGAUGGGAAACCCUGCUGGGAGCCGGUUUUGGCGAAGUCGAGAUUUCCCCAGAGCGUACAAGGAUCUCGUGUUCUAUCCAGGGUGACCAUAAAUGCACAAGGUGUCAGAGCUGUGGCACCGGGAAUCGAGGAGCAGGAGUUUCUUCAGAAAUUCAAAUUCUCAAAGAUUGACACUACUAUGGAUGAUGACAAGUUAGCCACUGUCCAAGAGGACAUGAAGCGCAUACAAGAGGUUGGAGAGAUCAUCGUAAAGGUCUAUAAAGGAGGAGAAAUCAAGGAUACUACCAGAAGCUCCACCACAAAUAAUAUCGAUCUGCACAGCGUUGGGGACAAAGUCCACGAGAAAGCACUCAAGGGAGACCCAAAAUCGCACAGCGCAUCGCUUGGGCCAGCAACUGAGCUCGUCAAGAAGAGUUACGUCGCAUGCCAGAAGGUAGAUGGAGUGGAUUAUCCAAUUGCUAUUUUCAAGUUUAAGUACAGGUCUCGAGAUGCCUUGAAGAGUCUCCUCAUUAUUGAGAGAACCCCCUCACCCGAGCCAGCAGAGGCACCUGUUCCUGAACCAGCAUUAAGUCUUGACAAUCUCAACCCAGCUCAGAAAACACGGCUGGAGCAGUUCUUACGGGAACUCGUCAACGACGGUGGUGCAGGCAGAAACUCUCCAAACAGAACGAUUAAGAGAGAGCAUGGUGAGGAGAAUCGAGGCGGCGAAGGCUCCCGAAAGAAGAGAAAAUCUGGGCCACCAGUGACCAUUGAUCUGACUGAUGACUAA